AUGGACCUCCACGAUCCUCAGUAUCAGGGCUUCUUCGAUGUCCCCGUAGACAACUUGUACGGCAAGCCUCUCAUCAAGAGAUACAUCCAGCAGAACAUCCCCAACUUCAAGGAUGCUGUUGUCAUCAGCCCUGACGCUGGUGGUGCAAAGCGUGCCACCGCUAUUGCUGAUGAGCUGGACAUGGCCUUUGCCCUGAUUCACAAGGAGCGACGCCCGACCAAGUACACCGAGCAGCGCAACGCCAGCAUGAUGCUGGUGGGCGAUGUCAAGGACAAGGUCUGCAUCCUCGUGGACGAUCUCAUCGACACCGGCAACACCAUCACCCGAGCUGCCAAGCUGCUUAAGAAGGAGGGUGCUACUCACAUCUACGCCCUCUUGACCCACGGCAUUCUCAGCGGUGACGCCAUCCCGCGCAUCAACGCCUCGGCCAUUGACAAGAUGGUCGUCACCAACACUGUCCCCCAGCGAGACCACAUGCGGGUCUGCCCCAAGCUCGAGUGCUUGGACGUUUCUCCCGUCUUCGCGGAGGCGAUUCGCCGCGUCCAUCACGGCGAAUCCAUCAGCGUCCUUUUCCAGCACAACUAA